AUGUCUUCUUCAAACACUGAAACCAAGAUCAACGAGAAUAUUGACAAGGCAUCCAACCGUGCACAUGAAGAAGUUACUCGUUUGCGAGCUGAACUCGAUGAUUUGAAACGUCGUGCAGGUCCAAAAAUGCAUGAAGCUGAAACCUUCCUUACAUCACCCACUGCUUUGGGUUUCUAUCAAGGAUUGGCUGUUGGUGUGGUGAUGGUCCUUGGUUAUGCAAAAUGGAACGGAGGCAUUCAGCUAUGA